UUUCCCCAUCCGGGUUAGGCCGAGGCCCCGCCCCCGUGGUCGUUACCCCCGUGUGAGGCGGAGCGGGCAGGCUGCAGUAUGGGGGCGGUCGGGAGCUGAGCGCGGGAAGGGGCUGGAAAGUCGAAGCAGCAUCUUUGUGGGGCAUGUACAGCAAGCAGCCUGCCACACACAUCCUCAGUUGGGUUUCCAGGUGGUCUUUAAAUUAGUGUUGCUCGUUCCAAGCCCUUGAUUGCUCAUCCUGCAUUUGGAUGCCCAUCCUGCAUUGUGUUCACUUCCCCAGAAGCCCACGAAUAGCAGGUUCCACUCCUCCACAGGCCAGUGAGCGAUGUCAGACCAGGAUGAUGGUGACAUGGGGAAGGGAGGGGCCUUCUCGGCCGAGCACCUGGCCGCUGAGUCCAUGGCAGCUGACAUGGAUCCCUGGGUGGUGUUUGAUGCACGAAAGACCCCACGGGCCGAGUUCGAGGAGUGGCUGCAGACCUACCAGCCCUCGCGAGUGUCUCGUUUUGGGGACCCCGAGCGCCGCACUGAGCCUGUGGGCUGGAUUGCCAUCUACGGUCCAAACUACUGUCCAGAGUCAGGUGAUGUGGUGGGGCUGCAGGAGGCCUGGGAGCGGCUCCAGAUCAGUGGGCGCCAUGUCACCUUCGACACCAUCCGCGAGCUGGCGCUCAACCACUGCGUCCUCACCGGCAAGUGGCUGAUGCACCUGGAUACCGGCUUCAAGGUGGACCAUGCCUGGAGUGGCAUCGCCCGCUCAGUGUUGGAGGGGCGCUUUGGGGUGGCCAAAGUCAGCCCCUGCUACCCCAACUCGGACCGCAAGCAUGUCAUCUGCAUCUACACAGAUGACUUCACCAACGAGGAGAAGGUGAUGGAUGCGGACGCUGCCAUCCGGGGCACUGGUGUCAAGUGCCUGCUCUCCUACAAGCCUGAUGUCUACACCUACCUAGGCAUCUACCGGGACAAUCGCUGGCACCUCUGCCCCACCAUCUAUGAGAGCAAGUUCGACCUAGAGUGCAUCCCCCGCCGCUCUCGCAUCAUCAACAAAGUCAGCAACACUGAGGUGACUUAGACUGGGCCCCGCUCCCCAUCUGGCAGUUCCUCCUUUCCCCUUUCCAGUACGGGCAGCUGGCACCAAUGCCUCCCAACUGUGCUCUGAAACUAACUGCAUUUUGAUUGGUCUGUUUGGUGUGGCCUGCCCUUAAUGUACAUAGAACCUAGCGUGGAUUGGAGGCCCCACACAGACUACAAAUCCCAGCAUGCAAUGCUCCUCACUUAGUCUCCCUCUUUCGAAGGACAGGUGCUCUGCUAGUAACUGCCGCUAGCUGUGAUCCUUAAGUAAGCAGGGAGGAGAAUUGGCUGCUGGGAGAUGGAGUCUCUGCUGGUCACACCUCUGUUAAAGAUGACAGUGGACUAUCUUGCAGGAUUCUCAGCCACGUUUGGCACACUCAUGCAUGAUGCAGCACUGGCCAUGCCGCUAGGUGUCUCUCUACUAAUGAGGUUCUCCCUGUUUCUCUGGAAAACCACCUCUGCUCCUCUGAGCUGCAGUCACUUGGAUAGAAGACUCAGGAGGUUCUUGUCAUCAGCUGGCACUGUCCCUUUAAUUCCCAAAGCCCAUGGGGUUUGCUGGUGCCACUCUGCAUGCUUAACUCCUUCAUGGUCUGUGUGCUAUCGUAUAGCUGAGGGCUAGGGCUGUGGGUUCAACUCACCACAACCACCUUCCAGUGCCGCUUGUAUGUUGAAAGCACCACGGCUCCCAGCAGCCUGUCCUUUAGGAAAGCCUUUUCCAUGAGACACAGAGCUCACUCAGUAGGGGAGGCAAUCCUGAGCUCUGCUCAUACAGCAGCAGCUGGGUGAUGUUUCCAACAGCCUUCUCACUAACUAGUUCUCUCUCUAGCCCUUGCAGUCCCUCAUUGGAGGGGAAAAGUGGCCACAUGAAAGAGGCCACAGUCAGGUCUGUGCAGGGCCCAUUAAGGUGUCUGAGGGUGACAGGAGCAGGGCCAUGGCUCUUGGAAAACAGGAGGAAGUAGUAGGUGUCCCACUGCCACCCAUGCUAAGUACUGUAGAUCCUUCACUGAGCCUGUUCCCCAUACAGCUCUCAGAACAUAGUGUCUGUGCACACACAUCUCUGGCUCUUCCUGCCCUGGAAAAGGGCUGUGUGUCAAGUCCCCUGAACAGCGCAGAUUGUUUCUGUUAACCCCUCUUUUGGGGACAUCUAACAACCAAAGGGGGUAUAGAUACAGCACUGGAGCCCCUCUGCCUGCUUUAGGAGCCAUGAAUGGCUGCUGUCUCCUUGCCCAGAGGCCUGCUCUGCUGUAUGCAAAGGUUGUCUUUAAAAUGCCUCUCCUGGGGCCUUGAGCAUGUUGAAUCUUGGGGCUCCUGGGGAUGACAGUGGAGCAAGGGAUUGCUGAGGGGUUUGGGUCUUUCCUGCAGGAUGUUUCUCCCAGCUGUUCAAUGGGUGUUUGAGCUGUAAACAGGAUUAAUAAAAACAACUCUCCACUGAA